AUGGCGGGUUCUUCGACUCGAAACAAUCGAGAGUUUGGUGAUCUUUUGAAAGAAUUCGCCUCUACAAAUGACACUUUGCUGGAGGAGUUUAGAGAAGAAAGAAGGCUAGUUCAGAGGUACUAUCGAAGGGUGCGUGAACGAAUGCGUCUGUUUGGUGAAACAGUACAAGUGGCUAUGAAUAACGUGGAAUUCAAGUGA